AUGACGACUCUCACAGCCAAGGACAAGCAAGUCGUUAGAGACUUCUUUGGAAAAGUGGGCAAAAACGCCGAGAAGAUCGGACAUGAGGCCCUUGCUCGUACCCUGGUGGUCUACCCGCAGACUAAGACCUACUUCGCCCACUGGAAGGAUCUGAGUCCCGGCUCUCCCAUGGUGAAGAAGCAUGGCUUCACCGUCAUGAGGGGAGUGCUGGAUGCGGUGGACAAGAUAGACGACAUCGUUGGGGGCCUGCUCGUCCUCAGUGAGCUGCAUGCUUUCCGUCUGCGUAUCGACCCAGCCAACUUCAAGAUCCUGUCCCACAACAUGCUGGUGGUGCUGGCUACUAUGUACCCGGAGGAAUUCACCCCUGAGGUCCAUGUGUCUGUGGACAAGUUCCUGGCCAGGGUGGCUGUUGGUCUGUCUGACAAGUACCGAUAAA